ACAGAGUGACAGAGAGAAAGUCAGAAAGAGAAGAAGGAUGGCUCAUCCCUCUCGAGCUGAACUGGAGGCUGAGAAUGUUGCUCUUCGUCGUCAAAUAAGAGAAAUUCAACAUGAAAGAGAUGACGAAAGAAGAAAAAGAGACAACACCCAAAGAGGCUAUGAGUCACUAGUGCAUAACAUAACAGAGAAUAUUGCAGCAAGUGGUGCUGGGCCUGCUGGCAGUGCUAAUCGUGAAUUCAUUGAUGAUAUCCUUAAACAGACUGAUCGUGAGAAAGAAAAUUUGCAGCACAAGAUACAAGACUUGGAGCAGAGGCUUAAAGAUGAGUGGAGUAAAAGGGGAGCACUUGAUUAUGGAUCAGCAGGACAGCUACGAGCAUUGCAGAGAGAACUGGAUACUAUCAAAGAGGAUAAGAUUGAAUUAGAGCAUAAAUUUUAUGAAGAAAAGAGGAAGAGUAAUGAAUUGCAAAGAAGACUAGAUAACCCACUACCAAAUGAAAGAGCAAACAGAGUAGAAAGAGAUAAUGAAUUCUUAAGACAUGAUAAGUGGAAACUGGAAGAGAAACUUAAAGAGGAGAAAAGAAUUAGUGAAGAAUGGAGACGAAAAUAUGAACAAGCUGCUUAUCCUAGACAUAAUCCAGUAGAAGAUGACCUCAGAAGAAGAAUUGAUACACUGAAUCAGCAAGUAGAAGAUUUAAAAAGAGAGAGAGGUAUCUUUCAGAUGAAAGUGAGACAGGUUGUAGAGGAAAUGGAAGCUAAGCUGCACUCCCAGGGAUUAAGAUAUGAUGAGAUGCAGCAGGCAUAUCAAAGUGAGAGAAGAGAUAAAGAGAACUUGAAGAAAAGACUUGAUGACAUUGGUCAAGUGUCACAAGUUCAAGCUUUAAAUGAUGAUAUUGCAAGACUUCAGAAAGAGGUAAUAGAGUUGAGAAAGUCUAAAGGAAAGAUAACAUCAGAUUUAGAGGAUUCACAGUAUAAACUUGAAAUUGAAGAGAAAAGAACCAAAGACUAUGGUGCCAAGGUUGAAGAAAUGGCUCACGAAAUAAGGAGUCUGGAACAUCAAAAGAAAAGAACUGAAAUAAAACUUGAAGCUGUGUUGAAUGAAAAGCAAGAGAUUGAAACAAAGUUACACAAUAAAAGAGAAAAUGAAGAAAAGCACCAGCCAGGUCAACAACAAAUUCUUCAUGAUGACCUAGAAAAAGAAAACCAGAGGCUAAAAAAUAUAUUACGAAGGUAUGAAGACCAUCUUAGGUCAGCUAAGGACCUUGGACCACUGACUGCCGAAGUUGAAAGAUUAGAAGAGGAAAAGAAAGCACUGAGGAAUGAUUGUGACAAAUAUUGUGAAGAUAACGAACAGCUACGAAAGCAGAUUGAAUCGUUUUAUACAGGCCGGAUGUCACAGGGGCUGUCUUCUGUAGAUGCAAUGCUUCAAGAGAACAUGAAGAGAAUGGAAAGGGACAAAGAGUAUUUAAAAAGAAAGUUAGAAGAUGCAGUAAGAGAGUCUGAUGAUUUGAGAGAGCAAAAAGUAGGGCAGAAAAAAAAGGAUGAUAGCAAAAUACAAAGUUUAAUCAUGGAAAGGAAAAAAUUGGAAGGUGAAAUUGAUAAGCUGAACUUAGCAAAUGUUAAGCUAAAAGAACAAGUAAAAAAACAAGAAUCGAGCCUUGAACAUGAUGAAUUUGAUAAAAUAAAGUAUAAGGAAGUUAUCUCAUUUUCUCAUCCUAUUGAUGAGCCACAAUCCAUUGUAAAGAAAGGGAGUUAUUCUGAUGAAUUGCAUCUAAUUGAUGCUGAUGUAGUCACUCCUUCAUAUGAGGAUUUGCUGAAAAUGAAGAAAGAGCUGAAAGAACUUCACCUUGGUGUAAUCAGUUUAAAAGAAAAGAACCGUAGACGAGAAGAAGAAAAUUAACUUUUAUGAAUACAUUGUUAGUAAAAGAGUGCAUAUAGUUACAUUAGUAAUGGUAAAAAUUGGUAAUAGUA